AUGGAGAGCACCACCAUCACAACUACGGAGAUGGCACCAGGUGUGUGUUCUUUCGGACUGUCUGAGCGGCGUGCCACCAUCACCCUGCACGCUCCGGCGCAGGAGUGCACGCUGCCAACCGCGGCAGCAUACCAAAGCAAGACGAAGGUGCUGAAAAGACAGCGCUCCCAAUCGCCCGAGCUGCUGCGCUGUAAGAGGAGACUCAGCUUCAAUGGGCUCGGCUACAGCAUUCCGCAACAGCAGCCCGUGGCAGUGGCCAGACGUAACGAGCGAGAGAGGAACCGGGUCAAGCAGGUCAACAUGGGCUUCCAGACCCUGCGCCAGCACGUGCCGAACGGCGCCGCCAACAAGAAGAUGAGCAAAGUGGAGACACUCCGCUCCGCGGUGGAGUACAUCCGCGCGCUCCAGCAGCUCUUGGACGAGCAUGACGCUGUCUCGGCGGCGUUCCAGUGCGGUGUCCCGUCGCCGACUCUGUCGACUACCUACUCCGCGGACCCGGAGUCGCCUCAGUCAUCAACGUACUCCUCCGACGAAGGAAGUUAUGAGCACCUUAGUUCGGAGGAUCAGGAACUCCUGGAUUUCACCACUUGGUUCGACAGAUACUGAUGUUUUUGUUGUUGUUGUUGUUGUUGUUAUGAAAAAAAGACAAGAACUCAAUCAACUGUGGCAUUGCAAGUGUGAUGAGAUGAGACGCCUCCUCUGGACCCGUGGGAGGAUACAGCAACCAGACUGGGCAACCGUCUGUCACUCUUAACAGUCGCGGAUUUACAGCACUGCCUUCGUAACCACCAGGAGAGAGAAAGUGCUCGUCCAGGAGUUGUAGGGCUAGGAUGCUAGGAUGAAGACCUGGAGUCUUUCCUUGACAUCUAUAUCUUUUUUAAAAGUGCAAUUGACAAGUAGGGUCGGCUACAGUCAGCAGAAACCGAAAUGAACACUUAACUCAACCUACUCGACAUGGUGGUGCUACAAGAGUCACACUAUCAACUUCAGAGAACAAGGAAAACGGCACAAUUGAGAGACUUUUCGUCCUUGACAGUGAACAUUUUGGAGGGUGACUCUCCCUUUUAUCAAAGAAAACAAUGAUCCACUGUUUUUAACUGUAUUAUACGAUGCAUUGUUAAAUAUGAAGACUUAUUUUUGUACACUAAGUCCAACAGUUAUCACUGCCUCCCUCGGUCAGUGAGAACUACUAAUGAAAUAGUGAUCUGCACCACUUUUUCUAGUCGGAUAAUCCACUGGUUCAAACUGGAUACUACUUGGCAUGUUUGUGUCGAUGUAUGAGAAAUACAGUGUAUCGAAUAGCCUAAUACUAUUUCUUCAUGUUAAAGAUUAAGGGUACAUGGUAUGGAGACUUUUUCACAAUGUAUG